UUGUGAUCAACAAGACCUAAUCUCUCUCCUCCAUCACUACUUCGGUGCCGCAUCGUACCCACUCCCCCCCCCCCUUUGCUUUCUCUGUCUCUCCAAAACCCUAGACCUCCUCUGAGCUUCCUCUACUCCUUCCAUGGCUAGAAAGCGAAAGCUCGAUUCUUCCAAAACUUCCGAGUCCACCGAGCCUCCCAAGAAGCUUCAGCAACAACCUCAAGCUUCCCUCGACGAGGCCAAACCACAAGAUGAACCCCUCAAGGAAGUCGUUCCUCAAGAUCUACCUCAAUACGAUGUCGUCGAGGAAGAAGACGAUGACGACAACGACAACGACAACGAAAACGAAAACGACGACGACAACGAUGAGGAGGAAGAGGAGGAUGACGAUGAAGAUGAGGACGAGGAUGAUGAAGGCGAUGCGAAUGUUAAUAACCACCAUCCGACCCCCAAGGUUUCGUCUUCCUCGGCCGCUGUUGCAACUACUGACGACGAUGAUGAACCCAUUCACAAGCUCUUGGAGCCUUUUAGUAAGGACCAGCUUAUUAAUUUGCUUCGUGAAGCGGCGGAUAAGCACGUGGAUGUGGCUGGAAGGAUUCGAAUGGUUGCUGAUGCGGACCCGUCUCAUCGGAAGAUUUUUGUUCACGGGCUUGGUUGGGAUACAAAUGCUGAAACUUUGAUUAAUGUGUUUAAGCAAUUUGGCGAGAUUGAGGAUUGCAAAGCUGUCUGUGAUAAGGUCUCUGGUAAGUCCAAGGGUUACGGAUUCAUCCUCUUCAAGAAGCGGAGUGGGGCUCGAAAAGCCCUGAAGGAACCCCAGAAGAAGAUUGGGAAUAGGAUGACUGCUUGCCAGUUAGCUUCGGUUGGGCCUGUUCCAACGGCCAAUGCGGUGGCAGCUCCUCAAGCACCACCUGCUUCAGAAUAUACGCAGAGAAAGAUUUAUGUCAGCAAUGUUGGAGCUGAUGUAGACCCCCAAAAGUUGCUUGCUUUCUUUUCCCAGUUCGGUGAAGUUGAUGAAGGACCUUUGGGACUUGACAAGAUGACGGGUAAGCCUAAAGGUUUCUGUCUAUUUGUGUACAAGUCGAUAGAAAGUGCUAAGAAGGCUUUGGAGGAGCCUCACAAGAACUUUGAGGGUCAUGUCUUGCAUUGUCAGAAGGCCAUCGACGGUCCCAAGCCAGGGAAGGCUCAGCACCAGCAUCAUACACCAAAUGCUCCGUUCCAGAGGAAUAAGAAUCCUAAUUAUGCAGGUGGGGCGGCUUCUGGAUCGGGGCACUUGAUGGCACCUGCAGGGCCUGGUGUUGGUUACAACCAAGGACCUCCUCAAGGAUUGAACCCAGCUAUUGGUCAGGCGCUGACUGCUUUGCUGGCAGGUCAGGGUGCUGGGUUGGGACUCACUAAUUUGUUAGGGACACUUGGAACUGCAGGGCUGAAUCCAGCUGUUCAAGGGGCGGGACCUGGUGUACAAAGUGGGUAUGGGAGUCAAGCGAAUAUAAGCCCUGGGGUGAUUGGAUAUGGAAGUCAAAGUGGUGUGCAGGGUGGAUAUCCAAACCAACAGAUGGGACAGGGUGGAGCUGGAAGAGGAGGGCAGCAUGGUGUUGGGCAGUAUGGUGGUCCCGGUGGUUAUAUGGGGCACUAGUGCCUCGAUGUGAUCUCACUCAUAUGUGCGUCAGUAUUUUUGUACUGAUCAGGUGAUUCUCUGAAGUUUAAGGAGCUGAUGCAAAUGACGUUUUCGACCCUCUUCAUUUAAGCUCCGUUUUAAAUCUGUAGUUUUUGAUCUAUUGAAGAUUUGUUUCAAAGAUUUGGAUCAGUUUUAGUACUUUCCAGUAAAACUAUGUAAACUCUAGCUCAAUGGUUGACAAAAAAUAUUUCAAACUCUUUUUACCCCUAUGGUUUUAAUAGAUCUUGGACUUGUCAGUUAAGUUA